AUGUAUCCUAGCAGGCCUCCUGUGCCCUCGGGGCCAGGCCAGUCCUAUAAAUUUACAGUUGUCGAGACCUGUGAACGCAUCAAGGAUGAAUUUAACUUCGUUCAGCAGCAGUGUCAUCAACUUCAAACUGAGCGAGAGAAGCUCCUGAGUGAGCGCGUUGAUAUGCAGCGCAUAUGCGUUGUCUACUAUGAAAUGGCCAAUGGAUUAAACCUAGAAAUGCAUCGGCAGAUGGAAAUCUCAAAACGUCUCAACGCAAUUCUCAAUCAAGUCAUUCCUUUUCUCGCCACUGAGCACCAGUCACAAGUCGCGUCAGCUAUUGAACGUGCAAAGCAGGUCACGAUGCAGGAGUUAAAUUCAGUGCUUACGGCUCAAAUGGAAGACUCAAAGUUAGCCAAAUUUGCGAAUGGUGGAAAUAUGGGACUGUCCAAUGAUCAGCUAGAAAUUUAUAAACAAAUCCAAGCCCACCAGAUUUCGUCAGCAGGUAGUCCCACGUCCUCCCUUCCCGGAAGUUCAUCCGCCAAUCAGGCCGGUCCGCACGGGUCAAACGUCGGCAGUGCUCCUGCUACGGGUGCAGCAUUUCCUGGGUCUACCCCAGGUCUACUUCCGUCCACUGCACCCGGACUGCAAAAUGCAUUCAUCAAUGGGCUAAUGUCUGCUGCUGGUGGUGCCAUGAUGCCCCCUCCUGGGACUGCUGGUCUUCCCCUUGGUAGCGGUGGUGUUCGUGACAUUAAGGACUAUUCAAGUGAAGAUAAACAGCGAGUGGCAGCCGCGGCAGCAGCAGCAGCCUCACAACUCUUUCGUGGUGGAGCUGUAGGUCAACCCAACCUCCCUGGCUCGCCGUUUUUACCUGGUGGACCAGCCGCAAUUGCAGCUGCGGCCUCCUUCCCUGAGGGCUUUUUCGGUGCCGCAGCAGCAGCGGCAGGUGGUGGAGUUGCCACCACAUCGCCUGGUGUCGUCGGUCUCAGUGCUCCCGGUAGAACCUCCUCCGCCGGUGGUGGAGUUAGAAGCAAUAGCGGGCACUCCGGAGUUAGUGGAUCUGCCGGUCCUGCCUCCUCCUCUCUACUCCCCCCGCCUCCUCCCCCCACCCCAGGGAACUCUUCCACAGCUCCUACCCCUCCGGAUGAAAAGAGGCGCAAGGUGGCGGAUCCGAAGCUGGAAUGCCCAAGUCGUGAAAAUGGGGGAUGUCGCAGUGCAGACGACAUGGACAAAUCGUCUACCUCAAGUGCUAUGUCUAUGAACACAAGUCGCUCUGGCCGGCAACCACUUAAUCUCAGCCCCCAGCUGCCUAGUUCCAUGGGAAGCAACUAUCCGACAACGAACAGUGCCCCCGCAGUCGGAACUCCGCACAAUAGAUCAACUUUCUCCGAAAAUCGGUCAAAGUAUGGUGGAAAAGGCCACUCUUCUUCCUGUUCUGGUCCGGGGACCUAUUCGUACGUGGUACUUCCAGGCGGUGGAGGCACACGCCCUUGCGCGCUAGCGUCGGCACCCGAAGCAACAUCGAAUCCCAACCUACCGCGGCGUCUACAGCAUUUAGCCAGUUUACCGCACGGUGAAGUGGUCUGUGCAGUGACUAUCGCUCCCGCGCCCUCUGGUCGGGGUUCCUCACCCACCUCUGGCGGUGGUAACGUCUCACCCUCCACCUUUAAAGUUGAUCCCAGUGGCGACGGCGAGACUGCUGUUGCCAUCUCGUCUACCACCCGUAUUCCACAUUUCGCCUACACUGGUGGCCGCGGUUGUGUUAAGCUCUGGGACCUUGACGCCAUUGCUGGCUCCUCUUCCUCUAGAGAUGUCGUCGCCCUCGCCUCCUUUGACUGUCUUCGUCCCGAAAGCUAUGUUCGCUCUAUCAAGCUUUUCCCGGAUUGCUCCACCCUUUUGAUUGGAGGCGAAUCGAGUUGCCUAACGAUUUGGGAUUUGAACGGCCCCGGUCGACGGAAAGCGGACCUCACUUUUGACGCGCCCGCCUGUUAUGCACUCGCACUCUCCCCCGACUGCAAGCUUUGUUAUAGUUGCUGUUCCGAUGGUCAAGUUGCGAUAUGGGAUAUCCACAACCAGAGCGUCGUCCAACAGUUCCACGCGCACGCUGAUGGCGCUUCCUGCAUCGAAUUAGUGGGACAGGGCACUCGACUUUGGACCGGUGGCCUUGACAACAAGGUUCGCUGCUGGGACAUCCGCGGCACUUCAUCCAGUAGGCUCCACCACGUCGAGUUCAAGUCGCAGGUCUUCUCAUUGGGUCUCUCCCCCGUCUACGGCAUGCACGGUCGUCGGCCCAGCCUAGCAGCAGCGGCGUCUCCUAUGGGAGCAGAAGACGCACCUUCCUCCGAAUCGCUCUUCUAUGGCUCGCAAUGGCUAGCUGUCGGCCUCGAGUCCUCAGAGGUCGAAGUCGUUGCCAUUGGUCCCGACGGUCCGCCAUCCUCCGCUCCCCCGUCCACCAUCAGUAGUAGUGGUACUCCUCCCAACUCCACUCUUCUCAAAACACCUGCCAGUCCACAAACUACAAGUGCAGCUGUUCCCAGUCCUCAGGCUCCAUCCUACGACCAACACUUCCGCCUGACACGCCACGAAAGCUGCGUCCUCGCUCUCCGCUUCGCGCACCAUGCCGACUGGUUCAUCACCACCGGCAAGGACCACCAGGUGAACGCCUGGAGGACUCCCUAUGGAGCUUGUCUCCUCGAGACCAAAGAAGCCGCCUCUGUGCUGACUUGUGACAUCUCGCCGGACGACAAGUUUGUGGUGACGGGUUCGGGUGACAAGCGGGCCAAUCUCUACGAGAUCAUCUACGGUGCAGGCUCGGUCGCCUCUUCCGCCUCCAAUGUCUCUUCGCACUAA